AUGGCGGAGCAGUGGGAUCUGGACGAGGAGGGCAUCCGCCGCCUGGGGGCGCUGAGCCUGGAGCAGCCGGAACUGGUGGAGUCUCUUUCAUUGCAGGGAUCUUAUGCUGGAAAAAUCCAUUCUAUUGGUGAUGCCUUCAGAAACUUUAAAAAUCUCCGAUCCUUAGAUUUAUCAAGAAAUUUGAUCACCAGCCUAAAGGGCAUCCAGUAUUUAUGUUCACUCCAAGACCUGAAUUUAUAUUAUAACAACAUCCCUUCAUUAGUGGAGGUGUCCCGCCUGCAGCCUUUACCCUUCCUCAAAGAACUAGAUCUGAGACUCAAUCCUGUUGUCAGGAAAGAUACAGAUUACAGGCUCUUUGCUGUGUACACACUGCAAACUCUGGAGAAACUGGAUGAUCGAACUGUACGUGACAGUGAGAGGAAAGCCGCCAAGCUACAUUUUAGUCAAUUGGGCAACAGUGAAAAUUUUCUUUUAGAGGUGGAAAAAAGCUCUAGGGAGAAGACAAUGAAAAACUGUGUGACAGAUGAGGGCUCUGCAUUAAAAGUCAGUGUGGAGGUUGACACCAGGAUUGAAACAGAUGCAAACAAAGGACUUUUUAUUCCCUUCCCCAACCGAGAAAUAAUAAAGGAUUCCCUAACCAGUACUUCUGCAACCCAGGGCAAUGGUACACCUGGCCAGAAAUCAGACACUUUCCCACUGGGGACACAGCUACAGGAAGUGACAAGAAGAGAGAUACCAAGUGACAACCACCAGGAAGAUGGUAAAGAAUUCAAACGCUACUCACCUUGUCAGUGCACAGUCCGAUCCCCAGAGAAGAUGAGCAGGGAUGGGUACCGAGUAUCCUUUUUGGACAGCAAGAGUUCAGUUUCUUCUCCAGAAAAGGACUUGUUAGGAACACCUGAUACCUACCAACUUCCCCAUGAUGACUCAUUGAGUAAACGUCUAGAUGUGGGUGACUCCAGCCAGAUCCAUCCUUAUCAGAUACCUUCCAAUGUCGGUCUGGAAAAUUAUGAUGGUCAUUAUUCUCAAACUCUACCCCUGCACGGAAGUCAUGGUAAAAGGCCCCAGAGAAGCAAGAACUUCCGAGAGUAUAACAUAAAGCCUUCAAAUGACAUAAAAGCUGCCACAUCCCAUCCCUGUGGAGAUUUACUGAUGUCUUUGUCAAACCCAGACUCCAGCACCGGAAGGCUUUUGAAGCUUAGUUCAGAUCUGUAUGCCGCCACCCAUUUCAACAGUGACCCUGCUCUGCUGGUCAGUGUUGAGCACCAAUUAUCCAGCAGCCUCGGUGAUUUAACACCAGCACGUGGUUCUUUCCCAAACAACCCUGUCCUGGGAAAUGCUCCUAGAACACUGCUGUUGCCUCCUGGGACGUCAGAAGACAGAGAAAUUCUGGCCAGGAGGUCAUUAAGCCCAACAAGGAGAGGAUUCAAGCGGAAGGACAAUAUUUUUGCCAACCUGAAUCCGAAGCAUGGUUUCCAAGAUGCUACAGGCAUCGAGGCAAGUCCUCUCUCAAGUGACCUGGGCAGUUUGCAUGGUUUGCCAGGAAACCACAGUCCCCCAAUCUCUGCCAGAACCCCUCAUGUGGCCACUGUCCUCAGACAGCUCCUGGAGCUUGUGGAUAAGCACUGGAAUGGCUCUGGUUCACUCCUCCUCAACAAGAAAUUUCUCGGUCCUGCCCGAGAUUUGCUUCUGUCUUUGGUCGUCCCUGGUCCUCCUCAGCAGUGGGGUCGCAUCCAUCCUGAAGAUGCCGGGAAAGCCUUCCGCAGGCGGGACAGUGACUCAAAGGAGGCUGGACAGCUGGUCCCUAGUGAUGUGGAAAGUUUGAAACAAAAACUGGUCAGAGUGCUGGAGGAAAACCUUAUUUUGUCAGAAAAAAUUCAGCAGCUGGAGGAAGGUUCUGCCAUCUCAAUUGUGAGUGGUCACCAGUCCCAUACACACGAUGAUCUUCUGCGCAAAAACCAACAGCUGACCAUGCAGGUGACUUGCCUGAACCAAGAACUUGCCCAGUUGAAAAAGCUAGAGGAGACAGUUGCCCUUCUUCAUGAAAGUCAGAGAUCCCUGGUGGUAACUAAUGAAUAUCUACUGCAGCAGCUGAAUAAAGAGCAAAAAGGUUAUUCCGGGAAGGCGCUCCUGCCUCCUGAGAAGAGUCACCACCUGGGGAGAUCAUCGCCCUUUGGGAAGAGCACAUUAUCUUCCUCCUCACCAAUGGCACACGACACGGGUCAGUACCUAAUACAGAGUGUCUCAGAAGCUGCGCCAGAGCCUAGUUUGUGGAGCUAGCAUGGAACACCUUCACCGCCGCCUCCCUCUGGUCCCCGGAGGACUCAGCCAUCACCACAGUGUGGUGGUGUUUACCCCCAAAGAUUAAGAAAA